AUGAGUCUGGACGACGAUGACGACGGCGAACGAAGGCGGAUAAGGAGCGCGAGCGGACGGGGCGGGGAGCGAACGAGCGGUUCAGGUGAGGGCGAUCGGGACGCACGCGCGGCACCGUUGACGUACGAGAACGCGGUGUUGGAGCGUGGGAGGGCAAACGGGGAUUCCGCCGGAGUGCUCACGAGUCCGGGGUCGACGAUGCAGAUGCUCGGAACGGCGGAGGCGGCGACGCGCGCGGGGCAGAAGCCGCUCAAGAUCAAUCAAGAUUUGGCGCUCUAUCGCGCUCGGAAGCUGCGGAACGAGGCGGGGUACUUGAAAUCGAAGGAAGAGCGAACAGCGAUGCGAUAUCAGGCGAUCGCGAUGUUCGAGAAGGCAAUGUCGUACGACGUGACGGAUGGCCGGGCGUAUUGCGGUAUUGGACAAAUCUUGGUGCAGAUGCGUCUGUACGACGAAGCGCGACAGAUUUACCAAGCCGGCUGCGAUGCAAAGGGGGGUGAUAAUGCGUAUCUGUGGACUGCUUUCGCCGUACUCGAGGAAAAGUGCGGGAAUAUCAAGUUGGCGAGGAAGUACUACGACGCGGCGACGGCGGCUGACGAGAAACACGCCGCCGCUUGGCAUGGAUGGGGGACGCUGGAGAGGAACUUGGGGAACUAUCAGCGCGCGAGAGAGCUUUAUAUGAAGGGAAUCCGCAAGGUUCCGCUCACGGAUGCCUCAGCGCAUCUCUAUCACUCUCUGGGCGUCAUGGCGAUGGAGCGCGGGCGGAUCUCCGAGGCUCGGGAGUUCUUCAGGCAAGGCGUUCGCACCGAGGCUGGAUCAAAAUCGGGAGCCAUCUGGCAGUCUUGGGCCAUUUUAGAGGGUCGAUCGGGCGACGAAGACCAGGCACGUAAGCUCUUCCAGAAAGGUUUGGCUGCUGAUCCGAAGAGCAAGUACAUUUGGCUCGCCUGGGGUACCUGGGAGGCGAAGAUUGGAUACGUCGACCGAGCGAAGGAGCUACUGACAAAGGGAUGCAAACUGAACCCGCUAGACACGUACCUAUUGCAGGCGCUGGCGAAGCUCGAAGCGGAGCAAGGGAGCAUCGUGACGGCGCGAAAGUACUUCGAGCAGGGCACAGUGAUGGACCCUAGGCACCAGGCAAACUGGAACGCCUGGGCGUUGGCGGAGUGGCGAGCGGGUGAGAUCGAGAAGGCGAGAAAUCUGUUCCAACGCGGCGUGUGGGUUGAUCCGAAAAACAAAAAUGCGGCUCGACUGUUCCACGCGUGGGGCGUGCUGGAAUGUCGAGAGCGGAACAUCUCACUCGCUCGCCAGCUCUUCAAGUGCGCCGUCAACGUAGACGCGGGUAGCGAACGCAUCUGGCUCACCUGGGCCAUGAUGGAAGAACAGGAGGGCGAUGACAUCCGAGCCAUUGAGAUCAGGAACUUGGCCGCUCAGAGAGUGGCGGAGGCCUCGAUGAGCACAACAGACUUGGCACCGGCGGCUGGGACCUUCCGGCCACUCUUUGAACGCCUCGCCUCAAUCGUAGGCCUCGAGGCGCCGAGAGACUCAACCGAUGACAACGAAUUUGAUGCGAGUGAGCUCACGGAGGCGGAGCUCAUGUACGGAGAAAAGGACGCGGUAAAAUCGGGGCAACCUCUCAUGGAAAGAGACAUAGAGUAG